AUGUCGUCCAGCAUCGAGCUCAUCAAUCCGAAGGCGGAGAGCGUGCGCCGCGCCGCGGCGCUGCAGGUGAACACCACCGGCGCAAUGGGGCUCGCGAACGUGGUCAAAGGCAAUCUUGGGCCAAGAGGAACAUUGAAGAUGCUGGUGGACGGUGCCGGGCAGAUCAAAAUGACCAAGGACGGCAAGGUGCUGCUCUCCGAGAUGCAGAUUCAAAACCCCACAGCUGCCAUGAUCGCACGUACGGCAGUCGCACAAGACGACCAAGUUGGAGACGGGACGACUUCGGUAGUUCUUCUAGUCGGAGAACUCCUAAAGCAAGCGGACCGUUUUAUCUCGGAAGGCGUACAUCCGACUGUGAUCGCGGAGGGCUUCGACCUUGCGAAGAAGGAGGCGUUGGUAUUCCUGGACAGCUUCAAGCGACCGUCAAAACUCGAUCGCGCGACUCUUAUCAAUGUCGCGCACACUUCUCUUGCAACAAAACUGCACCCAGCGCUCGCUAAGCAGCUCGCCGCAGACGUUGUUGAUGCUGUCCUGACCAUCCGGCCACCACCUCCAUCCGCAGACUCCGUCAGCCUGUUCCGCGAACCCAUCGAUCUGCACAUGAUCGAGAUCAUGAAAAUGCAGCACCGAACAGCUUCCGAAACGCAGCUCGUCCGCGGUCUAGUCCUCGACCAUGGCGCAAGGCACCCCGAUAUGCCAAAACGCAUCGAGAAUGCCUUCAUCCUCACCCUGAACGUCAGUCUUGAAUAUGAGAAGACUGAAGUCAACUCUGGCUUCUUCUACUCGUCUGCGGAACAGCGAGAGAAGCUCGUCGAGUCGGAGCGACGGUUCACGGACGCAAAGGUCAAGAAGGUCGUUGAGUUGAAGAAUCUUGUGUGCGACCAAGCCGUGGAUUCGAAUGAGAAGAAAAAGAACUUCGUCAUCGUCAACCAAAAGGGCAUUGACCCGCUGAGCCUGGACAUCCUCGCGAAGAACGGCAUUUUUGCGCUCCGCCGUGCCAAGCGGCGCAAUAUGGAGCGGCUGCAGCUCGUCUGCGGCGGUGCGGCGCAGAACUCGGUUGAUGACCUGACACCCGACGUCCUCGGGUGGGCGGGUCUCGUAUACGAGCACACGCUUGGCGAAGAGAAGUUCACAUUUAUCGAGGAAGUGAAGGACCCGAAGAGCGUCACACUGCUCAUCAAGGGCCCGAACCCGCACACGAUCCAGCAGACGCAGGACGCACUGCGCGAUGGCCUACGCGCGGUCAAGAACGCGGUUGAGGACGAGGCGCUCAUUCCCGGCGCAGGUGCGUUCGAGGUUGCGUGCGCGGCGCACCUCACAGGUCCCGUAAAGAAGAGCGCGAAGGGCCGCGUGAAGAUGGGCGUGCAGGCGUUCGCGGAGGCGUUGCUCGUUAUCCCCAAGACUCUCGCGGCGAACGGAGGGUUUGAUGUCCAGGAUGUCGUCGUGGCACUGCAGGAAGAGCAAGCAGAAGGCAACGUCGUCGGCCUGGAUCUGCAGUCGGGCGAGCCAGUCGAUCCGACCGUAGAAGGCAUUUGGGAUAAUUACCGCGUGAAAAGGCAAAUGUUGCACUCUUGUUCUGUGAUCGCAGUCAACCUACUGUCGACGGAUGAGAUUCUCCGAGCAGGACGCAGUUCAUUGAAGCCUGAAGGACAGCAGUAGAAGCAGAGCAUGAAGUGUAUCGAUAAUUUCAACUAUCAUAAUGCUGAUCAUGAUGACAACAUGGG